CUUAAGCCUAGUGAACCCCCAGACUCUGAAUCUUAUUUGGCCCAGUAAGACUCAAAGUCUUGAGAGCCCUCUAAAACUUGGUGGAGCCCCAACUCCAAGAGCAGUUUUCAGAUUAGAGAGGUUUGACACAUGGAGGACCAUUGUAAUCUUACCAAAACCCAAACUAGUUGCAGCACCAUGGAAACAGAGUCUACUACCAGCAGUCAACAGUGCCAGAACCAGAGCGGCUCCAGCAGUCUGGUGAACCCAAAGACGCUCUCCAACUCAAAAAAGCAGCAAACGCUUCCCUCCAUUGGGCCUUUCGCUCACUGGAAACUCCAAGCCUCCCUCAAAAUAGACCUCAGUAAGAAAGGCAGUGUGGACAAAGACAUUGAGGAGAUUGUGCGUCAUAUUAACCUCCAGGACUGUUAUUUCACCACCAGCUCCUGCUCUGGCAGGAUUAUAAUCAUUGAUGAGAAUCCUAAUCACUCAAUAGUGCAAAAGGAGAACUGCUUGUGGCUGUUCGUGACCCAUGACCUCUGUAGUAUAGAUGAUGUGGUUGCAGCUCUUCAGAAAACUUCAGGAGAUGCAGUGCUGAAGUUCGAACCCUUCGUCAUGCACGUCCAGUGUCGCACAUUAGAGGACGCACAACUUCUGCACAGUGUAGCCAUAAACUCAGCAUUCCGGAAUUCCGGCAUCACUGUAGGAAAGAAGGGUAAAAUCAUAAUGGCGGUACGGAGUACUCACUGCCUGGAGGUACCACUGAGUCACAAGGGGAAGUGUUUAGUUAGCAACGAAUAUAUUGAAUACUUGGUGCAGACGGCAAACCAAAAAAUGGAAGAGAACAAGACAAGGAUCGCCCGGUUCUUUAGCUGCCUCCAGACUGCUCUACAGAAAAGAGAUGGCAUGAGUGACAAAGACCACAAGGGAAGGACGGACAGUUCAGUGUACACUCGCCGGAGGAGAAGACAGGAAGUAGCUGAGGCAGCAGAUGACAGUCUCAGUGAAUCCCCUGAUGACCCAGAGACCGGCAUCUCAUUCCUACACGAUAAAGACUAAGGCAAUGGACAGAUGAGACCAACUACUGGAUAAUGUUUCUAAAUGAGGACUUCACUUUAUCACUAUAUCCCUUUACACACCUCCUGAUAAAGAACA